AUGGGAUCGAUCGAUCAAGAGCCUCAUGUUACCGCCUUCACGGCGUAUUCUGUCCCAGAAUCUGCGGCUGAUGUCUAUAAACAUGGCAUCCUCGAAAACCCCCUCAUCUCCGACGGCCUUCCGUCUGAGGUUCGAAAUGGAGCUGCGGCCAUCAACUUCACCGGCUCAGACGACCCUUCACUACCCGUCAACUGGCGUUUCACCGAGGCUGUUUCCUCUCUCAAAGCAUUGGAAGCAGCUCUGGUAGAUGUCAUCCUUCAACGACGACAUGGUCUCGAGCCACAUCAGAUCACCAUCAACACCGAUCAUGCCAGCUUGUUUCUGUUCUCGACACUCCUCUGGACCAUCGAUCCUGAAGGGGAGAACAUCCAGGCCAGCAACUUGCGCCAAGCAAACCCCAAGCUGUUUCAGUACUUUCCGAGUUGCGACAAGCACCGCAUGAACUCCUCUACGCAUCGAAACCUCGCAACGAAUAUUUACAAGUGUGCCGGUGGCCGGUUCUUCCAGGCACAUGGGUCUCUCAACCCCACUCCCACCCUUCAAAAUGUUGGGCUUCCAGCCGAGAUGGAUGUCGGGAGUUAUGAACAGGGCGUUGAGAUCUUCCAAAAAGCCUUUGGAAAGAUCGACAGUGAGACAUUACAACGUGUCACUGAUGAAACACGCCAAGCUGGGACUAUUUGCUACACGACAGACGAGUAUCUUCAGUCAGAGCAUGGCCGGGCAAACGAGCAUGUGGGUCUGUGGGAGAUACACGAUCGACCGAAUACAAACCAGAUCCCGUGCUGGUUCGCAUCUCCAAAUGCCCAAGCCAAUCCCUCGCGACCGCUGGCUGGCCUCAAGGUGGUCGAUCUGACGCGAAUCAUCGCUGGUCCCAGCAUCACCCGCAGUCUGGCAGAACUCGGCGCAAGUGUAAUGCGUUGCACUGCUCCUCACUUACCAGAUGUCGUCUCCCUCCAAGCUGACCUCAACUGGGGUAAAUGGAACUGCAGCCUAGACCUUCGAGUUCAAAAAGAUUGCGAACGGCUCCGAAAGCUCAUAUCGGAAGCCGAUGUUGUUGUUCAGGGUUAUCGGCCUGGCGUGCUUGACAAAUAUGGCUUUGGCCAAGAGGAUAUCAUCGACAUGUGCAAGGGUAGGGACAAGGGUAUCAUCUAUGUCCGGGAGAAUUGCUACGGAUGGUACGGCCCUUGGAAGGAUAGGAGUGGAUGGCAGCAGAUUGCAGACGCGAACACUGGACUCAGCCACUCCUUCGGCGAGGCUAUGGGCCAUGGUGAUCCCGUCACGCCGCUAUUUCCUCAUAGCGACUACUGCACAGGAAUAGCCGGCUCCUGCGCCGUCCUUUUGGCAAUUCUGCGUCGUGCUGAGAGUGGCGGGUCGUACUGCAUCGAUCUCGCCCUCAACUACUAUAGCGCAUGGCUCAUCCGGUCCGUGGGCACAUAUCCAACCGACAUCUUUGCCAAAGUCUGGACUGAGCACGACAACACGGUCUACCAACACUGGCACAACAACGGCGUUUCCGUGCCCCAAGUUCUCGGAAGACUGCGGUCAGGUCCAGCCAGUAAAAGGCUGUUCAGGCCAGAGUUCUUUGAAGAACGAGAUUCUCCUAGUGUCUUCGGUGACAAGAAGUUUCAAUGUGUCAAGGGUGUGGCGGACUGGCAUGGCGCGGUGAAGCCUGGGUACAACGUGGGCACCAGGGGGAAUGGGGUGGAUGCACCAAAAUGGCCGUACGAUCUUAUGCAGGAGGUUAUUGCCUAG